AUGUACAGAGACAUUCUGAAAAACUGUAGCUAUGAAGAGCUUGAAAGAAAUAAAUUAAGGUUUGAAAUGAUUAUCCAAGAUCUUUUACAAUCGCUUAGCAGUGCUUAUGAAGAAAAUGACGAGCUUAAAGCCACAAACUCAAUGCUAAAGUCUUCAAUAGAAUUUAUGAAAUCUGAGAAAAGUCUGGUGGCAUGUUCUCAAACUCUAGGGUUUGAAAGAUCAUCUGUUAGAAGUUUAAGCACCCAAAGCACAGAAAUUAAUGAAACCAUUGAGGAUGAUAUUGAAGAAUCUGCAGCGUCAGCUAUAAAAGUUUUUCCCUCUUCUCCAAAUAAGCUUCAUUUUCAUUCAUCUUCAAGUGUUCAAGGGGCUUUCACACCAAUUAUAUUCAAGAAAAGCAAAAGAUUGAUUAAUAACUCCUCAUGAUUUGCGAGCAAACCUUAAAAAAAUUCCUAUUUUUGAGAGUAUCAUCUUAUGCAAAUUUUAUAAUAUAUACAUUUUAUAGAAAUAAUAAUUUGAUGGUUAAAAUAAUGAGACCCAGUUAAAUUCUAUUAAAUUUAACAGAUUUCAUUAUUAAAUACCAAUUUUAUAAAUUUAAUUAUAUUUUUUCAUUUCUAAAACUUUAAAAUAAUUAAUCUUCUCUUGAAUAAUGAAAAAAAAAUUUGCACACUAGUCAAGGGGAAAUAACAAAAGCUAUGAAAGCUCGGAAAUUCCAUCAGAAAAGGCAAAGACAAAAAGAGUAUCUGUAAUAAUUUCUGAAGAUAUUCCAUUGCCAAGCCACUACUACAAAACCAUGAGUAUGAAAAAUAGUUUAUCAUUGCCAUAUGCGCCUAAAAAGAGCUUAAGACCAUAUAAAUAA